GGCCUGCGGGGGUUGGGGCGGCGCAGGCCGCGGUCUCUGUGCCAGCCUUCUCCGUGCCCUUGCGGGGGUGCCCGGCCCGGGUGACAAGCUGCGGGCGUCUGAAUGCGAGCGGGGACCUCACGGUGGCGCAGGCGGUCCCUCGGUGCCGCGGCGCUCCGUGGUGGCGCGGUGCUGGCCUCCCUCGGUGCAGCGGGAGGCCUUUGGCCUCGGUUAGGUCCUGCAAUGCCAGAGCUCUACUGCAGAAUCUUAAGAUUCAGUAUAACAACCUUAAAUGGGGAAUUGUCAUCUUGCUAUGAAAAACAACAUCCUGUGAGUUUGUUUCAAGCUUUCUGCUUCAUCAUCUGCUUCAGAUAAGCUGUGCUCUGAGCAGUCCUGGGGAAACAUGGCCUUCCGCAGCUGGAAGCAUCUCCUCCUCUUGGGCAGGCAGGACACCUUUGCCAAGGCUUGGAGGAGCAGGAGGGGAGGAGCCCCCUCUCUGCGCUGGAAGCGCUGCAGCCAUUGGAGUGCCGGCAAGUCUCUGGACCCCGAGGUUAGAGCCUUUUUGGAGGAGAACACGGAGGUCACCAGCAGUGGGCACCUCACACCAGAAAUACGUCUGCGCCUCCUCACACCUCGCUGCAGGUUCUGGAAGGAAAAACCUGACCUGUGGCCUUAUGGGGACCCAUUCUGGGCAAUUUACUGGCCAGGAGGCCAAGCACUCUCCAGGUAUAUUUUAGAUAAUCCAGGUGUUGUUAAAGGACGAUCAGUUUUGGAUCUUGGAAGUGGAUGUGGAGCAACAGCAAUAGCUGCUGUGAUGAGUGGUGCAUCCCAAGUCCUUGCUAAUGACAUUGACCCUAUUGCAGGAAUAGCAAUGAUCAUGAACUGUGAACUGAACCACUUGAAUCCCUUCCCCAUCACCAUUAAGAACAUCAUUAACUCAGAGGCUGGCAACUGGGACCUCAUUGUUCUAGGAGAUAUGUUUUACGAUGAACAGCUUGCUGAUGGUCUACAUCACUGGCUGAGGAAAUGCAUCAGGAUACAGCAAACUGAAGUGCUGAUUGGUGACCCUGGCAGGCAUCAGUUUUUAAGCCACCGCAUUCACAGUCAGUUACACAAAGUCAUAGAAUAUUCACUUCCCGAGUAUACUAGACAAGAGAACAAUGGAUUAACAUCAAGUAUCGUUUGGAGCUAUCAGCCCUCAGAUAGCUUGGAAAGCUGCUGAAGCUGGCUUUCUAAUGAAUUCUGUCUCACUUGGCUUUUUUAUUUUUGUAAGUGUGUAAACUGAAACCAGGAAUUCAACAUGGAGCACAACUGUUGAUGCAAAGUAGAUUACUGUACCUUCUCUGUAUUGAUUUUGCUCAUAAUCAUUGAGGCUUUUGCUCUAUUUGAGGUAAAAACUACAUGCAAACUGUAUUCAAAGGGGUCUGCUCUGAAGUAUAAAUCCGAAGACAAGUAACAUGAAAGAGUUUGCAUGCUUGAUGUUUUUCAUGUCUAUCCAUGUUUUGCUAUCUGACGCUAUUGUGAAAUGCAUUGGAUGUCAGCAUAUUGCUGUGGCGUAAAAGGUGGUGGCUGAAGUAUUACUGAACUGCUUUCAGAGACUGCGGCAGCUUAAUUACAAUAAAAAUUAUUGCUGUUCUUCAUAAAACUCUCCACUAAAGUAUUAGCUCAUACUGUGCUCAAAGUGCCUUGCUCUUUUUUGAGGUGUCUCUUCUGAAUGUCAAAAGUAACUUAUUAACUCUUUCCCCCUCUCCCCUCUAUAAUAAAAGGUUUUCUCUUCA